UUGUACGAUGGAUCAGAAGCAAUCAAAGUUAGCAAAGAUGUCAUUAAGGAACUGAAACAGACGGGGGAUGUAGAUAGGCAUAUUCAUUUGGCCAUAAGUAGCGAAUUUGCUUUAGAUGGCCAGAGCGAAACAAAAGAUGAUCCGUUGAGAGAAACAGGGGAGAAGAUAGACUACAAUGAUACAUGUAUAGCAGGACAGUAAACAGAGUUCAUUCAGCCACUAUCCGAUAUAGUUGUGCAUGAAGAUGAUUUAGUAGUUCUCUCUUGUGAACUAAACACAAUUGGAAGUCAAGCUGAGUGGCGGAAAAAUGAUGAACCGCUUCUUGAAACGAAAACUGUCAAGGUUCUUGCAGAUAAAAGCUAUCACUGGUUGGUGUUUGCAAGAGCAAUUCCAGAAAAUACUGGCAAAUACUCAUGCAUCUACAAUAACGUUUCAACGUCAGCUUACGUUAAAGUCUCAAAACAAGAUUUCAUGGUGGUCAAAGCUUUACAUAUAGAUGUUGACGGACAGGUCAAAGAAAAUAGGGAUGUUUCCCUCGUUUGCACUGUUAACGCACACACUAAGAACCCAAAAUGGUUCCAUAACAACAAAGAAAUCACACAAUCGUCUCGAGUAGUUGUCGUUUCAGAAGGUCUGGAGUAUAAACUUAUUAUUCGGAAUGUGCAGUUUGAAGAUGACGGAUUGUACGUAGUAGCAUUUGGUAGAGUUACAUCAUGUACAACAAUGACAGUAAAAGGCGAAACUAAUCAAUUAGUAAAAGAACAGCUAUCAGGAAAGCUUUUCUCCAGCUGGGUAAGAGGUGUACUUGGUCUUAAGCACCUAAAGCUUGGUCUAGAAUGUAUAGCAGAGAAAGAAGUGAAACGUCGCCAUUCUGAGAUGUUGAAGACUCUGCCUCAUUUAGAAAAACCAUGUAUAUCUUGUAGUGCAGCCAGUCUUUAUCCCUUGCACAACAAGAAACAGUGUAACAGAAAACAAAACAAGAAUAAGUGUCUAUGUUCAGGUUCUCAAUAUAAUAGGCGGCCGUGUCCUAAUGGUGGAUACUGCAGUCAGUUUUAUGACCAAAUAGUUUUUGAUCAUCGGUUCGAGCAUCCUGAAUUGGAAAAUACGCAACUUGAACGAUGGAGCUAUGAUCCAUGGAGUGUGGCAACUUGCUAUAUAAAUACCAAAGGCUACAAAGGGAAGGGGUCUUCUAAAGAAAUUGACUGCGCAGGACUGCUGUGUUUGUUCAUAAACAACAGGAGCUAUCUAACAGAUGGCAAUUAUGGUGUAUUUGAUAGGGCGAGAACAAGUCGCAAUGAGAUACUGCACAAUGCAAAUUAUGAACUAUCAGAGGACCAACUUCAUGAAUACCUAGAUAAUUUCAAAGAUGUUCUGGAAGUGAAGAACAAUGCUAAUGAGGAUGUACUUGCAAAUGAUGAAAGCGUGAAAGAGGCUUUGAAAGCUAUUGACAAGACAGGGAUUGAGUAA